AUGAAGGGGCCGCCGCGACCACAAGACCUAGUCCUUAAGCGAGAGCAGUGGAAGAAGUCAGACUAUCUCCUUGUCGACUACAUUAGCCCUACGAACUAUUACCGCGCCGCAAUCGCAGAUAGCAAUAACGCUAUAUUCUUGAUUUCCGAGGAGAAGGAAAAAAGGCUUACGGCUAAGGGCUAA